AAAAAUUUCGUGCCGUUGAUUGUCAACAAAAAUUGAACGUUGUGAUUUAACCAUUGCACCUGAUGUGUAAAUAGUUUUUAAAAUACAGUGAGAAUUAAAUUAUAAUGGCUGACGUUGAUGAGUACUUCCCUCGAGGUGGCAAAAAGCCAACCACAACACAUUUCAAACAAAACGCUAAUUUUUUAGGAACGAUUGAGAAAAAGGAAAAGAAAAGGAAACCAAAGAAGAAAGCGGAAGAAGAUGACGGAUAUUUGUCGGAAGACCUUGCUAAGGAAUCAGACAAAUCGUACAAAACUUGCGGAUUAUGGAUAAGUUACAAGGUAAUAAAGCCAGACUUCCUUGUACUCGGCAGAGUAUUUGAUAUCAAAGACACAAAAAUAAUAAUAUCGCUUCCUAGCAGACUCAUAGGUUCGGUAAUGGCAUGCCACAUCAGUGAACCAUACAAUAAAUUAUUGGAAGCGUAUGUGGAUGAUAAGAUAGACAAAGUGCCAGAGCUCGGGCAGAUGUUCAAACGGGGACAGUAUGUGGCCGUGAAGGUGUUGGAGGUGCUGGAGAAAAGCAUCAUGUUAACUAUGAUGCCGCAACAUGUGAACAGUGACAGGAAGCACAGUGAUCUUCACAAAGGUGCUCUGCUCCAGGUGGCUGUGUCUUCUAUUGAAGACCAUGGAUUUAUAGUUGAUACAGGCAUACCGAACACAACAGCAUUUUUGCCCAAGAAAGCUGUUAACCCUGAUUUGGAACUUGCGGAAGGUGCGAUUAUUUGGUGCACAGUAAAAUCUGUAAAGCCAUCAACGGCUAACACGGUUUUGACCCUGUCCAAUGAUACUACAUCAUUACAGAACGCUUUCCAAAAGACAACCUCUACCACCAUACCCCCGGGCACUUGCCUUGAGUUUGUUGUUGAUAAGCCCCUGGACAAUGGCAUUGAAGGUCGCAUUUUCGGAGACAGGACUGCGUACAUACAGAGGCAUCACAUUAACACAACUAAAGGGAAAAAGCCCAUGCUCGGUCAGAAGAUAAGGGCACGUCUUAUAUACACGUUAUCAGCAAGCAACAUCCCGUUUUUAACAAUGCGAGAUAUAUUUGACCCGGCGUGCUUGGAUAUGGAAACUGAGCAGAUCUAUAAUGAGGGAGAUAUUAUUGAAGAAGCUCAAGUGCUGAAGAUCCUCGGCCGAGCGGUGUACUUCAAACUCAGUCCAAACCAAAGCGGUGUACUCAGCAUCCGCCGUAUACAGAACCUGGACGAUCUAACUGAUGAGGAGGUGCUCCUCAAGUCCUAUCCUAUUGGCAGCACCCACAAAGUGCGCAUCCUCGGCUACCACCUGCUGGAUGGCGUGUACUAUAUCACGGAUCAGGUGGAACUGCUCCGCGAGAGGUACUUCACGCUGCAUCAGCUCGCUGUGGCCGAGCUGGUGACGGCCACCAUCACGACUGUCAACGAUACGUUCUUGAGGGCCAACGUGGGCAGGGUUAAUGCAUUCAUCCCGCACGCUCACAUGACGGACGCUGGUAUAUUCGUGGACCCGAAAAAGGCCAGCACAUCAAAAUUGCCUAAAAAGAAAUUCAAGGUGGGCCAAGAAGUAAAAGCUCGCGUGCUCAGCAUAGACGAAAGCCACAACAACGUGGUGCUGACUCUCAAGCCGACCCUGCUGUCCCCGGAGCUGGAGAUCCUGGAGAGAUACGAGGACGCCGUCCCGGGCAAGGCGUAUACCGGUGUUGUCUCGCAAAUCCGCGAGCACCUGCUGGUGUCCUUCUUCGGCAGCGUGAAGGCGUUCGUGCCGCGCAAGUUCGUGAGCCGCGAGCCGCUCGACAGCCUCACGCAUGCCUUCCAUUUGGGACAGAUUGUUAAAUGCGUCCUUAUAAAUGUGAGUACGGAGGAAAAGAAACUGGUCGGGAGCCUGAUCACUGAGCCAUUCGAUGGGACUAUGAGAAGACCGAAACGUCAACAUAACGAUUCUACAAUCCAAGAAAAUCUAAAAGAAGACCAAAUCAAUGUGACAGAUGAAGUAGCGCCUAAGAAACGAAAGAAGAAUAAAGAAAAUUGUGACGCUAAUAAUAUGGACGUAGAUAACGAAGUACAAGAUGAUGCUAUAACAGAAAAGAAGAAGGAUAAAAAGAAUGAUAAGAAGAAAAAGAAAGAAGAACAAGAAAAGGCAGAGGAGAGUGACGCUAUAGAAACGGAUAUCCAAGAAGCGAAACAUCAAACGUUGUCACCGGGUGACUUAAAACUACUAGACUUAUCUAAUUGUAGAACAGAAAAAGAUUUCACGCAAAGGGUUCGCGAAUUACUUCGCGUUAUGAAUAUAAAAAUGAAAAAAUUAACAACAGCAGAAAGUAAAAUACAAGACAUAGAAAAUAAAGGCUUGAAUCCAACAAACAAGAAAUAUCACACUGAGCUACAUAUAGAACGGCUAGUACAUCAAGAGAAUAUACAAAAAUUUCUAGACACAGUGAAAAUUGCGCAAGAGAAAUUAAAAGAAUUCGGAAGUGUCUCAAAUAAAGUGGUUAACGAAAAAGCAGUUAGUGAUAAAGUGAAAGCUAAAGAAGUUAAAGUUAAAGAAGUUAAAGUUAAAGAAGUUAAAGUUGAAGACGUUAAAGCAAGCAAUCAAGAAAAGAUAGAUAAAAUAAAGGAUAUAAAAGUGGUGGAUAAGUUAGAGCCCGUGCUUGAAGCGCCGAGCGCUAAGGACUUCUGGUCUGCAGAUGCUCCGGCGGCUGACAAAACCCAGCAGGACGAAUCCAGUAGUAGCGAAGAAGAGGAACAAGAGAAGCCCAAGAAGAAACGCAAGAAACUCUCGGCCGCGGAGAAAGCGGCGAAGGCGAGAGAAGAGGAGGAGAGAGUGAGGGAGAUGGAGAGGAGAGCGAUAGAGAGUGAGAGCCAGCCGCGCUCCGUGGAGCAGUUCCAACGGGCGCUGCUGGCGAGCCCGGACUGUAGCCAGUUGUGGAUUGCGUAUAUGGCCUUCCAUUUACAAGCGACGGAGAUAGAGCGAGCGCGCGGCGUCGCGCGGAAAGCGCUGGCCACGAUCAACUUCCGAGAGGAGCAGGAGCGGCUCAACGUGCACCUCGCUCUGCUCAACUUGGAGCACCGUUUUGGCACUAAGGAAAGCCAACAACAGACGCUCGACGAGGCGCUGCAAACGAACGACCGGUACAAAGUGCACAGCGCGCUGCUAGACAUCCUGGUGGACACCAGCAAGCCGCAGGAGCUGGUGCAGCUGGUCGAGCUGAUGCUGCGCAAGUACCGCCAGCUCCAGGGGGUGUACGGGGACUGCGGGGCGGCGUGCUACAAGGCGGGGCUGGUGGAUAAGGCGCGCUACGUGAUGCAGAAGGGUGUGGCGGCGCUGGAGAAGAAGCAACAUGUGCAAUUGCUGGUGCGGUUCGCGCAGCUGGAGCGCUCGCUGGGCAGCCGCGAGCGCAGCGAGGCGCUGUUCGAGCAGGUGCUGGGCGCGUACCCGGCGCGCGUCGACGUCGCCGCCGUGUACGUCGACGCGCUGCUCAAGACCGGCGACGUGGAGCAUGUGCGACAAGUUUUAGAACGAUUGACAUCGCACAAGCUGCCAGCGCGGAAAAUGAAAGUUCUGUUCAAGAAAUGGAUCGAAGUUGAAGAAAAGUAUGGAAAUAAAGAUCAAGUGGAGCAGAUACGACAGAGAGCCGCAGAGUAUGUGGAAAAGGCGAAAUUUUAGAAAAUAAAACAAUUUGCACAUCAA